AUGACUACUAUGAUGACCGACUCUGGCACCGCGUCUGAAAAUGCGGGAGUUGAUUCAACUAUUGCAGACAACAACACCCCCGCCAUUGUCAACGGCAACGGCAACGGCAACGACAACACCAGCCAUAGCCAUCAUGACAACAAUGACGAUGACAAGAAGGACUCGAAAAGUACAGGCAACCAUACCAAGACCAACGGCAACCAUGUUGUCCCGCCCAUCGAUACCUCCCUUUCUACUCCGACUAAAAACACCACCAACAAUGAUGCCGGCUUCCUCGACCGCGACCUGUCGCCCCUGUCGUCCAUCUCGUCCCCGCUGAGCGAACCCGAGAACUUCGACUUUGAUUCCGAACCAAUACCCUCGAUCCUGUCCCCUCAACAUCACCAGGAUGCAAUGUCGACGACCAGCGAUCAUACCCGCGACGGAGAGACCCCGGAGCUCGACGAAGAUGGACAACCACCUGCCAAGCGACGCCGAGUGCGCGAGACAACACCCGACAGUCACAGUCGCAAACCAAAACUAGAGUCACCGCCAUGGAAGAAGUUCGAAGCCGAAGGUCCGACUACAAUCAUCACCGAAGACGGUCGUCGCAAGUCUGGUCGCGUCAACCCCGUUUUGCUAGGCAUAAAAUCCAGCGACAAAAAGGUUAUACGGAAAGCUAUACAAACAAGUCCUGUCAGCAACAAGAGCAGCGCCGCCAGUUCGUCCAGGAAACCAGCGCUAGCAAGCAACAGCAGCAGCAAACAUGCCCCCGUGAAGAUGGCGCCGCCGCCGCCGCCGAAAGCUCCCGCGCGCAAAUCUGCCACGACUCAUGAUACUAGAACCUCCGCAUCCCGAUCCCGGCGACGAUCUACAUCUCCCCGACGUCCUGCUACACCACCGAAACCCGCUGCGGUCGGCACGCGUCGGUCUACGCGCCAAGCCGUUCGAGCUUCCUACGAUGAUGGCCAGCUCUCUCCCGGUGCCUCACGCGCCACUCCACGUAUCAAGCUUAAAGUUCGACCCCCAUUGACCGUGAUACCACUCGUCCAUCCAAGCCAAGCCCAUGUCCGUCCGAAGCUCGGUCCCAAUUUUGAGGAAUACUUUGCGCGCGCGCAAGGAAUACCAGUGGAGGAGGGCGGACAGCAGAUCCCCGAUGAAGGGCCCGAAUACACAGACGAGAUGGCCCUCCAAGACGCCAAGAUCAUUCUACGGGUCGAAAAAGAGGUUGAGCCGGGGGGCUUACUCGCCCCAGACAGGUGCUCGGCGUUUGAGCCUGAGGCCGAGGAAGAGCCUCCACGGCAGUGGGCUCAUCUCGACCAUCUUACAAAGGCGAUGACCAACUUCCGCAAGCUGAUGUAUCGAGAACAGCAGUUGCAUGUGCAGGCAGCCAAGCGCAUUGCCAUUGCAUGUGAAGCCGAGUGGAGACGCCGAAACCCCCAGCCCAAAACCGCCGAAGAAAUCGAGCUGGAGGAGAUCGAAGCAUCCAAGGCCAAAUGGCGCCAGGUUAUCAAGGCCUUUGCUGGGACAUGGGAGAAUGUUAGGGUCGAGGUCAACAGGCGCCGCUUGGUGGAAUGGGAAGCGGAGGAACAGCGCCGUGUCAAGGCCGCCCUGAAUCAAGCAGUCAAUCUUUCCGAACAAAAGCUACAGCAACGACAAGCGCAGGUUGACGGGGACGAAAUCACAGACGAGGACGAGGAUGAGGAUGACGAGGACCUGGAAAGUGGCAUGCCAUCAGUGUUGGGCGACGACGAGGAAAGUGACGAGCACUCCGACCGAGGAUCCGACGACAUGUCCGACGAAGAUGGCGAAAAUGAAGACGAGGAUAACAUGUCCUCGUCCGAGGACGACGAUGAUAAGAAAUCAGCUGCCUCUGACGAGGGCUUAACUCAAGAAGAGUUACGCGCUAAAUACGCCGACCUGCCGACCUUGGAUAAAGCUGGAGAAAACAAUGAUACAACAAAGGAGGUGGAAAUGGUGGAUGCUUUGGCUGCUGUCGAUGGCAGCGCCGCGAAUGGCGACGAUACAAGUGAUGAAUCGGUAGACAUGGACGACGAUCUUGGAUCUAGUGAGGAGGAGUCAGAUGAAGAUGAAGAGGAUGGGGAUGACGAGGAAGAGGAAGAGUCUGACGAUGAGCCUGCUGGCUUGCUGGGGUUGUUCUUUGGAAAGUCAGAGUUGAAAAAGUUGAAAGAGGAGGCUGUGACUGAGGAGCCGUCGGCUGAAACCGCUGGGGAUGUGAAAAUGGUCGAUGCUCCUCCUGUUGUUGCUGCGGAGCCCCAAGUUAACGGCCAUACGGAGGAGCCACUGAAAACUAAUGGCAUCCAUACUAAUGAGCAGCGGGAAAUAUCUCGAACCGAGGAUGCGGACGAGGAAGUGUCGUUACUGGAGAUACCCACAGCAAACAACAAAGCAACAGAAAGUACUCAGACCACUACAGAGCCGGGCAGUGGAGUGGGAAAGAAGGAACCCUUUGUCAAUGGUGUGCCUUUGAAGCAGCCUAAUGGGAUUGUACAAUCCGAGAGCCAUGCACUCCCAUCGAAAGAGUCAGUUGAAGGAGCCGAAGACAUAACGAUGGACGAUGCUCCACCAGCAGACAGCCUACAAAAGGAUACUGUCUCGGCGCCGUUAAUAGAGGCACCACCACCUAACCCGCGACAUGAUAGCCAGGAAACAGUGGCGGCUACUGACAUGCAAAGCCAAUCACAAACCCAAUCACCAAAAACAGCUGAUACCAAGCCCACAGACGUCGACACUCCCCACUCAGAAGAGCUGGCCGUCAGUGUGCAGAAACCCGACAGCAGACAACCCUCGCCUCAACCGACAACCCCAACAGUCAAGACCGAGAUUCCGUUUCUCCUGCGUGGAACACUGCGUGAGUAUCAGCAUCAUGGUCUGGACUGGCUUGCCGGGCUUUAUGCCAAUAACACCAAUGGUAUUCUGGCCGACGAAAUGGGUCUAGGAAAGACUAUCCAGACCAUUGCAUUGCUUGCGCACCUAGCAUGCCAUCACGAAGUCUGGGGACCACAUCUGGUUAUCGUGCCUACCAGUGUUAUGCUCAACUGGGAGAUGGAGUUCAAGAAAUGGUGUCCCGGAUUCAAGAUCCUUACUUACUACGGCAACCAGGAAGAACGCAAGAGGAAACGCCAGGGAUGGAACAACGACGAUGUCUGGAACGUCUGCAUUACCUCAUAUCAGAUGGUCCUUCAGGAUCAACAGGUGUUCAGGCGAAGACGCUGGCAUUACAUGAUCCUCGAUGAGGCCCAUAACAUCAAAAAUUUCAAGUCGCAGCGCUGGCAAACACUACUCGGUUUCAACACCCAGGCUCGUUUGCUCUUGACAGGUACACCAUUGCAAAACAACCUGACCGAAUUGUGGUCGCUUCUCUACUUCCUAGCGCCACCAGAGAACGGCGAAGGCGGGUUCGUUGACCUCACCGAAUUCCAUAACUGGUUCGCUAGGCCCGAAUCCCAGAUCUUGGAAAGCGGUCGUGAGCAGCUGGACGAUGAGGCGCGUGCCAUCAUUGCCAAGUUGCACAAGGUCCUUCGACCCUACCUUCUCCGUCGUCUCAAGGCGGAUGUCGAGAAACAAAUGCCGGCGAAGGUUGAACAUGUCGAAUUCUGUCGCCUUUCCAAACGUCAGCGAGAGUUGUACGAUGGGUUCCUCUCCCGUUCUGAUACCCGCGAGACCCUGCAGUCCGGCAACUACAUGUCUAUUAUCAACUGUUUGAUGCAGCUCCGAAAGGUCUGCAACCAUCCCGACCUCUUCGUGGACCGGCCCAUCAUGACUUCGUUUCGCAUGUCGCGGUCUGUGCCGGCCGACUACGAGUGGAAAGAGAAGUUCAUCCGGAACAGGCUAUUGGUUACGAAGCCCAUGACUACUGUCAACUUGAGCUUCCUUAACAUGAUCCCGACCGAAUACGAGGACUUGUCCAAGACACACACCGAGCGCAUCGCGCAGCUCAGCUCCCAUCGCAUUCUGCUCGACCUGAGGGAGGCACAAAAGGUGCGCGCCAACAACGCCUACACAGCGCUGGAUCCUGCUUCUGUCAAGUCCAACCUUGUGUAUCUUGAAAGUGCCGCCAGAUGGGGUCGCUUCGAAGAGCUGCAACACUGUGUCUACAUUAACGCCCUUCGUCGCCAACAACGGCCCAUCUAUGGCAAGCGCUUGACUGAGUUCCUAACUCUUGACACCCAUCUCCGACCAUACAAGCCCCGACCCAGAGUCCCAGCUAAGAUCAUGUCUUGGUUCGAAGAAGAUUCCUUCCUGUUACACAACGCCAUUCCGACCCUCCAGCAACGCGCCGAAUCCAUGGAAAUGACCAUCACCAAAUUCGCAUGCGUUACACCAGCUGUCGUCACCGGUCCCGAGAUGAACCGCUUCCUCCUCGGCGAGCGUGGCAUCCAACUCUUCGAAGAUCUGGACCUCAAGCUCUCGGCCCCCGUCAAAUACGCUCCCUACAUGCCACCCCAACCCCCACCAGACCCGUGGCAUGAAGCCCGUAUGCGCCUGACGAUCCAAUUCCCCGACAAGCGUCUCCUCCAGUACGACUGUGGCAAGCUCCAAGCGCUCGACAAGCUCCUCCGCAAACUCCAAGCCGGCGGCCACCGCGCCCUGAUCUUCACGCAAAUGACCAAAGUCCUCGACAUCCUCGAGCAAUUCCUCAACAUCCACGGACACAAGUACCUGCGUCUCGACGGCGCCACCAAGGUCGAACAGCGGCAGAUCCUCACCGACAGAUUCAACCACGACCCGCGCAUCCUCUGCUUCAUCCUGUCCACCCGCUCCGGCGGCCUGGGCAUCAACCUCACGGGCGCCGACACCGUCAUCUUCUACGACCAGGACUGGAAUCCAGCCAUGGACAAGCAAUGCCAAGAUCGCUGUCAUCGCAUCGGUCAAACCCGCGAUGUGCACAUCUACAGACUGGUAUCGGAACACACCAUCGAAGCGAACAUCCUCCGAAAAGCUAGUCAGAAACAGAUGCUCGACGACGUGGUUAUCCAGGAGGGAGAGUUUACUACUGAUUACUUCAACCGACUUUCAGUCCGCGACGUGCUAGGGUCAAAUGGGGAGGUGAUAGCCAGCAACGAGGACGACGUAGCUGCCAAUCUGGCUAUGGAUCGCGUGCUGGGCGGUCCAUCUACCGCCGCAGGGCCAGGAGAUGAUGGUGCAGCUGACGGCGCCGCCGUCCAUCAACCUCCAGUUCGUAACGUAGGCAAAGUCCUCGAACUAGCUGAAGACAGGGAAGAUGUCGAUGCUGCGAAGGCGGCUGAGAAGGAAAUCAUGCAGGAUGAAGCGGACUUUGGGGAUACCUGUUCUACGAGGCCGGGAACACCGGGUGAUACACUUGCUGAUCUUGAAGGGUUGAAUGGUGAAGCGGGGACAGGAACAGUAGGGGUGGAAGGAGGGAAUGGGGAAGGGGAACAGGAGAAGGUGGUGGAGUAUAACGCCUGGGGAGAACGGAUUAGGAAUAUUGAUGAGUAUAUGCUUGCUACUAUGGCCAAAGCACUGGAGGGCACGCCGUUGGAGUUGCCGAGGGAUCGGAGUAAGAAGGGGAGGGAUAGGAAUCGGAAUCGGAAUCGGAAGGGGAAGGAUACGCGGAAGCGGUGA